CGCGCAUGCGUCGACUCGCUGUGUACGGAAGCGUUAGCAGCAUGUUGAAUGGAGUAAACUGAAAUGUACAAACACGUUUUUCUGACAGGACCUCCAGGUGUGGGCAAAACCACCCUGGUGCAGAAAGCCUGUGAGGCUUUGGUGUCAUCGGGAGUGGGAGUUGAAGGGUUUUACACAGAGGAGGUCAGAGAGGGAGGCCGGAGAGUCGGCUUUGAUGUAGUCACAGUGACAGGACAGAGGGGCCACCUGUCCAGAAUCAGAGACGUUCCCGGUUCAUCUCAUGGCAGACGGGAAUACACAGUCGGGCAGUAUGUGGUUGACUUGCCUUCAUUUGAAAACCUGGCUCUCCCCCUCUUCAGAAAUGUGGGGUCAGCAGAUGGGGGCUGCAGGAAGGUGUUUGUCAUUGACGAGAUUGGAAAAAUGGAGCUCUUCAGCCAGUCGUUCAUCAGGUCAGUGAGACAGACUUUAGACAGCUCUUCCUGCACCAUCCUGGGCACCAUCCCCAUCCCCAAGGGGAAACCACUGGGUCUUGUGGAAGAGGUGCGGAGCAGGAGAGAUGUCAAGCUCUUCACGGUGUCAAAGGAAAACAGAAAUGCCAUUCUGCAGGAAAUCUUAGCAGCACUACAAAAUUGUCUCAAACACACAACCUAAUAUGGAGAUUGAGAGCCACUAAAAGGGGAAAACCCUGCAGCCUGUGUGUAUUUUUGUGCUGACAACAAGUUUUAUUUGUGUAAGUGCAUAUAGUAGUACACACAGCCAGACUAUAACAGGGUUGUGACCUAACUUAAAGGGCAUACUGAACUGCUGAAGGAGUUAGUAUGUCACAUGCAUGUAUUUAUGUACACUUUUCUUUUUCUUUUUUUCUCAUACAGCCUUAAAGUGGUUUGCAUGGUGAAUAAUUGAUUGUGAGAUGGAACACAGCAGGGGAAUUGUUCAGUUAGUGUGUAAAUACCCCGUGCUCUCAGAGUCAAAGACUGCUAGUCCUCAAAACGGCUCUGUUUCAUUUUUUAUUAGACUGUUGGUCUAAUAGAGACUCCAGCAGGCAUUUCUCAUUUAUUAGUGUAUCAUAUUAAUUUGCUCACAAGGACGAUGGCAUUUCUUUUAUAUAAAGGUGCAAACAAAGCAGUGCCCCUGUUUAUUCUUUUAGUUCUUUUCUACGUGAGCCUCCCUUGUGGAUGUGCUCAUUGAAAAUCAAUCAGUAUUUAACAGGGCAACUAUGUCCAAUCCUUUCAUGGUUUAUUUUUCCACUAGCAUGAAGAGAGAAAUUGAAAAAUAAACAGUUACUGUCUUCCAGCAA